UUUCAAAGCAAAAGAAACAAAACCUGAGAUUCAGUUUUCUUUAACUAACUAGACAAGAAUGUUUAGAUUAAAUCUGGGUUUGGUUUUGAUAAUCCUAGGAUUAAUGUUGGAAAUAGACAUUGGAGAAUCAAUGAGGUUUGAGUUGGAAUCAGGGAAAACCAAAUGCAUUUCAGAAGACAUCAAUACAAACGCAAUGACUGUUGGCAAAUACACCAUUGUCAAUCCAAAUGAAGGUUACCCUUUGCCUGAUUCUCAUAAACUCACUGUCAGGGUGACUUCACCUUAUGGGAACAAUUAUCACCUUGGAGAUCAUGUGGAUUCAGGUACUUUUGCAUUUACUGCAGUUGAGGGUGGUGAUCACACUACUUGUUUUUGGACAAUUGACCAAAAGCCUCCGGUAAGGAUUACGAUUGAUUUUGAUUGGAAAACUGGUGUUGCUGCCAAGGAUUGGUCCAUGAUUGCGAAGAAAGGUCAGGUUGAAACAACGGAACUUGAGUUGAAGAAAUUAUACGACACUGUCACAUCCAUUCAUGAAGAGAUGUUUCAUCUUCGUGAGAGGGAGGAAGAAAUGCAGCAGCUUAAUAGAGAAACAAAUUCAAAAAUGGCUACUCUUAGUUUCUUUUCGCUCGUGGUUUGUUUGUCGGUGGCUGGGUUGCAGAUAUGGCAUCUGAAGACAUUUUUUGAGAGGAAGAAGCUCCUGUAGCUUUGCUCUGUUCUCCUUCUAACCUUGCUGUUUGCAAGUUGUGGGAUACUCAUACGCAACAACUUCAUUGUUCUUUUCAGAGGCCAAAAUGUAAUAGACUAAUUUAUUUAUUAAUCUGGAAUUGUAGUUUGCAUAAGUUCACACUAUGAAAUUUUCCUAUCUGCUGUAGUUUGAACAUUGUUUUUUAUUG